AUGGGAAAAUUUGUAGAUCUGAGGAUUCUGAGCACGUACAAGUGUGUACCGAUAGCAGGUGGAGACAACCGGUAUAUGGAAACGAGGCGUUUGAAAUUUGUCUUAGGCAGCUUGCUAAAUUGUCAAACUCUACACACUGAAGCUGAGAGAAAACGUCAAUCUCAAUCUGUACAAAGACACCUUCCUCGCCCAUCAGAAUUGAACAGAAAUAUUGUUCGGCCAACAACAGAGCAGCCACUCAGUGACUUACAAAAGGCUGAAGAUAUGGUGAAGCACGAAAUGCUGCGAAUGUUGUGUAAUGAUGCUGUUAAUCAUCCAACUGCAGACCAAGCUGGUAAGAAAGGAAAAGCAUCAAUUGCUAGUCUUCGGGGAGAGUUGGAGGCAAAUCCACUGUCUAAGAUUGCAGAUGAAGAAAUGCAAGAGGCAAGAAACUUGUUAGCUGAAGAAAUGACUGUUGUCAAGAAUGGCAUGGAACAUGGAGACUUAUCACUUGAAGCGUACAGCACUGUGUGGGACGAAUGUUAUGAUCAGGUGAUGUUCAUUCCAAGUCAGAAUCGUAUCACACGUGCUGCUAUGGCAAGCAAGAAGGACCGGUUGGAGUCUCUUGAAAAAAAACUUGAUAGAAAUCGAGGGCACAUGAUGAAGGAUGCCAAACGUGCGGCUAAGAUGGAGAAGAAACUGAAAGUGCUCAUGGGAGGUUACCAGGCACGUGCACUUGGCUUGUCAAAACAGAUGGCAGACAUCCAUGACCAGGUGGAGCAAACAUUUGUUGAAAUGAAAACUUUUGAAGCUCUUAGAAUUCAGGAGUUGCAGUCAAUUCCGAGACGAUUAGAGUCUCUAAAUGAAGCGGUCACUCGACAGUCAGAAAGAGAGAGAGAACUACAGUAUCGAUUCUCACGACUGAUAGUUGAAAGGGACAUCAUAUUUUCUGGAAAUGAACAGCUGACUGCAACUGUGCUUGUAUGACAUAUAUCUUGUGAUUGUAAUGUGAUACAGUAUUGGUAGGAUUAAAGGAA